AUGCAGCAAAGUAUAAAAGCACCAUUUAGGGAAUUGUCAUCAUCUCCUGACAUUUCAGGUAGUACAGCCACAAGCAGCCAGCCCGAAAAUGAUCUAAAAAAUGGAGAUUCAACGCUAUAUAAAACUCUCUUCAACUCGCUUAAUAAGAUCGACAAAAGUCUUGCGCGUAAGGUAUUGGCAGAGGCAUUAGGGACAUUCAUGCUAAUGUUCUGCAUUUGCGCCAUCAUAGCAAUAAUGCGUUUAAUCGGAAUGGAAGUAGGCCUAAUGGAAUAUGCAGCCACAGCAGCAUUGACAGUAACUGUUAUAGUUUUCUCUAUAGGAGCAAUUUCUGGAGCCCAUGUCAAUCCUGCUGUCACAAUUGCUUUUGCAACUGUCGGUCCAUUCCCAUGGUCCGAGGUUCCACUCUAUAUUCUGGCACAAAUUGGGGGGUCUACUUUGGCAACUUAUAUCGCAAGAUUAGUAUAUGGCAUUAGAUCAGAGCUUGUGAUGACAAAACCACUCCAAGGAUGCACUGCAGCUUUCUGGGUGGAGCUUAUUGCAACCUUCAUAAUUCUUUUCCUCACUGCAUCCUUAUCAAAUGACCCUCAAUCUAUAGGAAAGGUGUCUGGCUUUGUUGUUGGCGUGGCCAUUGGUCUAGGAGUGCUAAUUUCUGGGCCUGUUUCAGGUGGGUCGAUGAAUCCAGCAAGAUCAUUAGGACCUGCACUUGUUUCAUGGAAAUUUGAUGAUCACUUAUGGAUAUAUUUAGUAGCUCCAACUAUAGGAGCCAUUGCUGGUGUUUUCGCGUACCGGAUUUUACGACUACAAGGCUGGUCUUGUGAGUCAAGUCAAGCCCAGAAAGGAAGUGCUUAUAGUUAG